CCAACUUUUAAUGUAUUCUGCCUGAACCUAGCCAGCAUAGCCUAUCUUGGUGGUCUAUUUGUUCAUAUUAGCCACUCCUUUUCUAUGUCUCGAUGCUAUUUGAAUAGAUUUCUACCGACUGACAAUUUAGUCAACUCUGCAUUGAACAGGUUUUGUAGUCUACCAAGAGCAGGCUAUUCCUCUGUGAGUCCAACUUUUAUAGGAGACUCUCCUGGACAAGUGGGAAAACUGUAUGGACCAGGCUUAACAUGAAGAGCCUUAAAGCAAAGUUUAGGAAGAGCGACGCCCAUGAAUGGAGCAAAAACGAUGAGCGCCUCCUGGCAGCUGUGGAACAUGGGGAGGUGGAGAAGGUGGCCUCUCUCCUCACCAAGAAAGGAGCCAGCGCGGUCAAACUGGACAAUGAGGGAAAGUCAGCUCUCCAUGUGGCUGCCACCCGUGGUCAAACUGAUUGUCUGGCAGUCAUCCUGGCCCAUGGAGUGGACACAUCAGUCAUAGACACCUCAGGUUUUAGUGCUUUACACCUCGCUGCCAAAAACAACCAUCAGGAGUGUGCCAAAAAGCUUAUACAGAGUAAAUGUGUGUUGGAUGCUCUGGACAGCUCAGGGAAGACAGCCCUUCAUCACGCAGCUGCCAGUGGAAGCAUUGGGAUUGUCCAAACCUUAUGUGAGCACAAGUGUCCGGUAAACAUCAAAGACACGGAUGGCCUCAGCCCCCUGCUGUUGUCCGCCAGACACGCCCAGGCGGAGGUGUGCGGCAGCCUCCUGGACUGGGGAGCCGACGUCAACGCGUGUGAUAAGAACGGCAGGACAGCGGUGAUGCUGGCCAGUGAGAGCAGCAGUGUGUCUGUAGUGGAGGUUCUGGUUCAGAGAGGAGCUGACCUCCAGGCUGUGGACUCUUUGGGUCACGACGUCCUGCACUACGCCAAAAUGUCUGGCAGCAUUGAAGUCAAGGCCAUCCUCACUGCGGCGCUGCACAAGGCCCACUCCGACUCAGACACCCCGAAGUCUCCAAAGUCCCCCCAAACUCCUCAGAUGUCUAGCCCCAACUCUCCCGCGUACAUGACCCCAAAUGAAACUCCGGUCUCCAGUAAAAGUUUUGGAUCUAAAGUAUUUAAUUAUAAGGAGGAGGAGUUGCAGAGCGUGUCUCUGAGGGAGGAGGUGGAGAAGCUACAGGGGGAGAAGUGCAUGCUGCUGGAGACCAUUGAGGAUCUGAAGCAGAUUGUGGACCAGACUGCAGAGGACUGUGGGAAGGUAGACUCAGCUCUAGUAGUGGCCCUACAAGCAAAGAUUACUGCUCUGUCUCUGGAGAACCAGCAGUUAGCCCAGAUACUCAAGAAGCGUCCGUCUCCCCAGGGAGGUGAGGGUGGCCAUGAGGACUCGUCCCGUCCGGAUAGUAUGAACUCUAACGCCUCCUACCACACCACCCACGAGUCCCCCAGCGAGGCCCUGAUCCAGCCUCAGGGGACCGAGGAGGACAUGUCUGAAGGGUCCGCCCUGGAGCUCAGCAGCACCUCCCUGAGACAGGAGGAGGAAGAGGGUGAGGAGGGGGGGAAGGAGGGAGGCGAGGAGGAGAUCAGGCUGCUGAGGGAGACCCUAGGGAGCAUCCAGUCCAAACUACAGGAGACGCAGAAGGAGAACCGCACGCUCCAUGCCAGGUUCAUACCUGAGCAGGAUGAGGAGACGGGAAGGGAGGGAAAGGUGCUGCUUGAGAGUCUAGCAGAGCUCCAGGCCAAGCUGACGGAGACACAGGAGAAACACCAGCAGGCCAGAGAGGAGGUGCUGGCCCUCAGGGCACAGAUUGAAAGAGGAGGUGGUGAAGGAAGGGAAUUGGCAGAGCAGGAGCUCCAGAGACUGAGAAGCUCUCUGGAGCAGGAAGUGAAAGAGCUGAGGUCCCAGCUGGUCCAGUCAGGGCAGCAGAGGGAGAGGGAUGUAGGCCGGAUCAGGGAGCAGGAGGCCAGGCUGAAGGCAGCAGACGACAGCGGUGAUCGGGAGAAGAGCUUGCUGGUUGACCGGUUCAAGGAGGCACAGGAGGAGAUCAGGAUGCUGCAGGAAGCCCUGAGGGGGACGGUCCCUGUGGAGGCUGCAGCUAAUGACUUUGAGGAGAUGAAGGGUGAGCUGGGGAGUGUGAUUGAUGGGCUGCAGCGCCGCCUGCUGGAGCUCUCCAAGUCCUACAGCGAGGCCAAGAGUGAACUGAGCUCCACCAGGAACCAGCUGGAGGAGACCCGGGCUGUCAAGUCUAAGCCUGGCAGCCCUGUAUUCUCCCCAGUCAAAGAGCAGGACAUGCUGAGGAGCAGAGUGGAGGAGCUGCAGGCAUCGUUAGCCGACACACAGAGCAAGUACUCAGCCUCUCUGGAGGAGAUCGUCCUCCUGAAGCAGGAGGCUGAUGCUCUUGCCCAGGGGUCAGUGGCGUUAGCUGACCACACCCAGGUGGUGUCCUCUCUGGGCAGCGCCAUCAAGGACCUGGAGGACCAGGCAGACGCUCUGAGACAACAGCUGUCCCAGAGGGCCCUGCAGGUGGACGCCCUACAGAACAGACUGACCGUGGAGAAGGACCACACACCGGACGACUCUAUAUCACGGCUGGAGCAUGAGCAGAUGAGAGGGGGUCUGGAGACUGAGGUGGGCCAUCUGACGCAGCUCCUCCAGGGGGCCCUGAGGAAGCAGGAUGAGGUGGCUCUGGAGGCGGCUGCAGCGUGGCAGGAGCUGAAGGAGGGGAGGAGCGAGAGGGAGGCCCUGCAGGAGCUGGCCGUCAGCAGGGAGAAGGAGAACCACACUCUGAGCACCAAGCUCAGAGGUGCCCAGGAUGCCAUAGCUCAGCUGAAGAAGCUGGUGGAGGGACACGUCAGCUCAGAGAGAGAGAAGAAUAAGAAGAUUGAUGACCUGUCGAGAGAGGUGGGGAAGUUAAAGGAUGCCUUAAAUAGCCUAUCCCAGCUGUCCUACAGCGCAGGCUCUGCCAAGAGACAGCAGACCCUGCAGCAGCAGCAGUUGGACAGCCUACAGCAGCAAGUCAAGCAGCUGCAGUACCAGCUAGGGGAGUCAAAGAGGCAGCACCAUGAGAUAGUGUCCGUCUACAGGAUGCAUCUCCUAUACGCCGUCCAGGGUCAGAUGGAUGAGGACGUUCAGAAAGCCUUGAAGCAGAUUCUGAGGAUGUGCAAGAUGCCAACAGAAGCCAAGUGAAGUGUCUGAGAUGGAGCAGCCUGUCUAUCUACUGCCAGUGCUGGAGAGGAGACAAGGAAACGACAUCCUUACACGCUGGUCUCCUUACCUACAUGGCCUGUCACACGUCUGCCACAUCCGUCCAUCAAACACACACGUCCAUCAAAAUCAAAGAUAAUGAUUCUUUAUUUGUCUACAAACUAUUUCAGAGGGGAGCUACAAUAUGAAGACUCCUUGUCAUUAGAUUUGAAUGGCAUCCUAUCUUUGACCUAGCAGUGUUAGUUUUGUAUUGUUGUCAAUUAGUUUUUAAUUGUAGCACUGGUUUUCAUGACAUAAUGAUAUAAUCCAAUUUUUGGGACCUCUGCAUGCAAUUUUUCCUAAAUCAACCACAUGCAAAAUGCUUUUUCGGCACUUUUAUCAAUAUUUUCCUAAUAGCAUAAAACUUUUAUGAAAACGAAGAGUUUCAAAUGUAUGGAAGAUUUUUCUAGAUACAUUCAUGAAAUGAAAACAAAGAAGUUUGGUAGUUGUAUUUUUGAACAACCCAAUUUGGGGGUUUUGUAUAAAUUCAAUAUUUUGUGUGAUGACCUAGGCCCUUUUUAGUGUCUGCGAUCUGUGAAUGCCAAUUUUACCCAAUUUGGUUUUUUUUGUCCUCAUUUACACCAUAUUCCCUUGGAGGCUUUUUAAAUCAAUAUGACUUUAUGAACAGAAUCGACCUUUUGAGUAAUGUAACCCCCCCAUUGAUAUUUAUUGAGCAAUUAUCCAGUACUUGAAGGGUGAGGUGGUAUCAGAUCUCUGGGGAGUGUCUCUGAGGACAGAACAUACCCAUGUGACUAAUGCACUUUCAUCAUGCUGUACUCCCAUUCAAACUCUAUAUUGCCUCAGCAGAUUACCUGUCCCAUCCGGGACAUCUUAGUUUCUGUGUCCCAUGUGCCUGCUCUUUCUGUGUUGAAGCCUGACAGACUUGUCUUGAUUCUUGAUCUUCUUCCCUCGUUUUGUAAUAUCAUUAUAGUGUAAGAACUGUAGCAGGUAGUCAUAUUUUGUGUUUUUUUGAGAG